AUGGCCACCACCUUCAUUGUUGCUGAAAUCAUCCACUCGGAAAGUGCUCUGAUUGACAACAACAUCAUUGAAGGGAAUAACAUGACGUCAUUACUAUUCUCAACUCCAAGUUAUGUCGUUCUUGCUAUUAAUUAUCCAUUUUUGAUUGUGUUUGUCAUGUUAUUUGUGACAAGUAUUGCGAGUUAUGUAAUUCAAAGAAAACACAUGAAACGCAAUCAACAUGUGCUGUUUUCUCUCCUGUUUAUUCUUGAAAGUUUAAUAUGUGUGAAUAUGUUGACUCGAACGAGUGCAGAAUUUGGAUUUCUUCAUUCAGAUAUUUAUUUGGGAAAGAUUAUCAACGCAGUGAUCAAGAUCUUUGAUCGAUGCAUUGUGAAUAGUGCAGUUUACAUGGAAAUUGUGAUCAUGUGUCACAUUUCAUUAGUCUUUUGUGAAACUUGUCGAUUGAUUAAUGCAUUUUCAGUGGAUGUUGUAAAGAAAAUUCGACAAUGUGUCAUUGCGUUCCUGUUGGUGUUCGCAUUGUUGUAUGUUAUUCUGAGUGCUAUCGCUGUGGUAUUUGGAGCAGUGGUUUCAUCUGGAUCUCAGGCUCAAGAGGCAGUAAUUCCAGUGAAUAUGGUACUCUUUUUGACGGCUUCGUUAUUGUUUUUUGCUUCUUCACUCAUGGUUUCAAUAUUGCUCAACAUCAUUGGACGAAAACUUCGACAUCACCUUAAAGAAAGUAAAAAACGAAUCAUGAAUGCUGCUCUCCACGACUUGUCAUUCAAACAGAAUUUAGACACACAACACACUCCCAGUGUGGAAUGGAUCAAAACUUACAAUAUCAAGAAGAGUGCACUCCUAAAGUCCAUGAUCAUUCAAUAUGGUCUAAGUGCCUCAUUAUUAUUGCAAUGUAUUGGUUUCAUAUUCAUUCCGUCCUCACUUGGUUGGUCCUAUCUUCUCAACAUGUUUCAUGCCAUCUAUAACUUUGGUCUUACUCUUUUCAUUGUAUUCAUUCUAAUCAUUUACCAUCCCAUGAAACAAGUGACCAAGUUAUUUCGAGAAAGUUCAGAGACAUCCAAAUUACCAUCCACUCCCUUAGCAACGGUUUGCAUCAAAAACUCUAGUAGCAGUGACCAUGACCACCCUCCACAGGGGGAAGAAUCAUCCAAGAUCGUGAAGGGACAUAAUCACACAUGUGAUUGUACCAUGGUGGAAAGUAUUUUGGAAGAGCUUGAAGUGUGUUCGAGUGUUCCUAGUUCAGGUGAUGAAGGAAAUCAUGUAUGA